AGAACGCUUGCCAGGCGAAAACCCACCACGUCCUGCAACACUGCCGUAAAGCAUUUUGAACAUUAAUGUUGAACUGGCAAAGCCGCUUGACGACUGGUUUCACAUUCGGUUUUUCGCGGGGUAAUGGCUUCUAAUUUCCUCUGUUAGUUGGACGGGUAUUUUGCUCUGGGUCGCCAUGAUUUUUUGGGGUCGCUGGAGGAGAGGGACAUCGCGAUUUUUCUUCUUGUUGUAUGUCCAGGUGAGCAAAAGUUUCAAUUUUUCCGCUGUUCAGAUUUUUCAGAUGUAUAAUGUAUGGGAGUAUGAGGAUGUGUCCAGUUCUCCAUACUGGACAAGGGUUAUGAUGAUUUCCUUGUGGGUUGUUCCGUCCGUCUUGGGCAAAAUUGUUCCUCAGUCCAAUCCCAGAUCUCCAAGAUGUCCCGGACCUCAGAGAAAAGGGAAAGUGGGAGACAACCGAGAGAAGACCGCAAGAACAGGCAUGGAAUUGAAUAUUGUUAGUGUCUUGUGUUAUAACAUUUGGGCUGGAGACAAAAGCAUGUACACUGUGCAACAAUAAUUAUGCUGAAAAUG